UCUACAAAGAAAAGCACAAGUUAAAAAUUAGCUAGUAAGGAAAAAGGGUAGCCGGUAAGAGUAAAAAGGAAGAGGGAAGACAGAGGAGAGACGAUUACGCUAUUUUUUAAAUAGGGGAAACAAAUAAAAAUUAAAUAAAAGACGGUAGCCGGUCAUAUAGAGAUUAGAGCAAAUUGGGCGGGACAAAAAAAAAAAAAAAAAAAAUCAGGUUCAUGGAAGGAUUCAAUGCAUGGAAGCCGAGCUAGUAGAGAGCCAUUGCAUCUCGCGCUGUCGCUGUAAGCACACACAGAAUUCUUUCUUUCUUUCCUUUUUUAAUUCUCCCCUUUGUGAUAUAUAAAUACAUUUCGAUGAUUCCGUUUGCUUUAAAAAGUUGUAAAAUUCCUUCUUCCGUAGCAGAGUACCAAAGCUUCAUUCUCCUUCCCCUUCUUCUUCAUCCCUUUUCUCUCUGUGUGUUCCUUUCUCUUCCUUUUUUUGCCCCUUCUUCGAGGAAGGGGUUUCAAGUUGUGGGCUUCUCAUAUCUUUUUGAAUGCAUUCAGGCUUUCUGGGUUCUUUGAUCCUGGUGUAUGUUCUCUUCUGGGUUUCGAUUUUCUCAAGUUUCUGCGGUGAUUUCGCUCUUCUUCUUCAAAAUCAAGGAAUCUUCUUCUUCUUCCGGGUUUUUGGGAUUGUUCAAUCAUGCCUGCUCUUGUUAACUACAGUAAUGGUGAGUUAGUUAUUUCUGGACCUUUUCUCUAAUUGGGUUUUUUUAUUGUUCGAUCGUUUGUUUUGAUUUUAUGAAUCUGAUUGAUCAUAGCUUAGAUGGGUAUGAGGAAAUUUGGGAUUUUUGCUUUCUGGGGUUUAGUGUUUGUUGGGGGGAAAGCCCCAAUGAGAGCUUUGAGCUGAUGAUGUUGUUGUUUGGGUUUUUCAGGCGACGGGGAGAUGUAUUCAUUCCGUGCAAACCCCAUGGAAUUGGCACAAUUGUGUUCAAUUGCUGGAGAUGUAUACAGCCCUGCUUGCAAGAGGGCUCGAAUUAGCUCCUCAUUCGCCUUCAAUUCGGGGGAAAGCAAUAGGCAGCCAUCAAUUGAAAUCCUCCCAGACGAGUGUCUCUUCGAGAUCCUCAGGCGAAUCCCUGGAGGCAAAGAGAGGGGCGCAUGCGCUUCAGUGUCCAAGAAGUGGCUCUUGGUGUUGAGCAGCAUCAGGAGAUCCGAAAUUUGCAAGCCGGUCUCUAGUUGUGGUGAUGUGGAGAUGGAGAGUGGUGAAAGCUUGGAGUUUGAAGAUGAUGGCUGUCUCACAAGGUCCUUGGAAGGCAAGAAGGCAACUGACUUGAGACUUGCUGCUAUUGCUGUGGGGACUAGCAGCCGAGGAGGUCUUGGCAAGCUUUGCAUUCGAGGUAAUCACAACUCCUCUGGUUAUGGAGUCACUGAUCUUGGUCUAUCAGCAAUAGCUCGUGGCUGCCCUUCUCUCAGAACACUGUCUCUAUGGAAUGUCCCUAUGGUUAGCGACAAAGGGUUGUCUGCGAUAGCAAAGGAAUGCCAUUCGAUCGAGAAGCUCGACCUUUGCCAUUGUCCUUCAAUUACCGACGAGGGUUUGGCUGCAAUCGCUGGAAACUGCCCCAAUUUGUCAUCUUUGAGCAUCGAGUCUUGCUCGAGGAUUGGCAAUGCAGGGUUGCAAGCAGUUGCAAAGUUCUGCCCCAAGCUCCAAUCUUUAUCCAUCAAGGACUGCCCUCUCAUCGGAGACCAGGGUCUAUCAGCUCUAUUCUCGUCGUCACCCGCAAUAUCAAAGGUCAAGCUUCAGUCUUUGAACAUCACUGAUUUCUCUCUCGCAGUAAUUGGAUACUACGGCAGGGCUGUUACCAGCCUUGUCCUCACUGGUCUUCAGUUCGUCAGCGAGAAAGGGUUUUGGGUCAUGGGCAGUGCUAAAGGACUGGAAAAGUUGGCUUCUUUGGUGAUCACAUCUUGCCGGGGAACAACAGAUGUCGGCCUGGAAGCUAUCGCAAAGGGCUGCCCAAGCUUGAAACAAAUCUGCCUCCGCAAGUGUUCAUUUGUGUCUGAUAAUGGGUUGGUGAGUUUCACCAAAUCAGCAGGCUGUCUCGAGAGCCUGCAGCUGGAAGAGUGCAACAGAGUUACAGAAUCAGGAAUCAUCGGCGCAAUCUCAAACUGUGGAGCCAAGUUGAAAUCUCUCAGCUUGGUGAGGUGCAUGGGGAUCAAGGAUACAGCAUCAGGAAUUUCACUAUCAUCAUUAUCUCAAUGCAGCUCUCUCCGCUCCCUCUCCAUCAAGAACUGCCCCGGGUUUGGCAGUCUCGGCCUAGCUCUCGUAGGCAACCUCUGCCCACAACUCCAGCACCUCGAACUCUCGGGGCUUCAUGGGGUCACAGACGCUGGACUUCUCCCGCUUCUGCAGAGCUGCAAUGCUGGUCUGGAGAAGGUCAACCUCAGUGACUGCUCGAACUUGUCUGACGAAGUGGUCUCAACCUUGGCCAGACUACAUGGUGGAUCACUCGAGGUGUUGAAUCUAGACGGCUGCAGGAGGGUCACCGAUGCCAGCUUGGCUGCCAUCGCUGAUCACUGCAUGUUCCUCAGCGACCUCGACGUGUCGAGGUGUGCGGUAACAGAUGCUGGCAUGGGGUAUCUGUCAAAUGCUGAGCAGCUGAACAUUCAGGUGCUUUCAUUGUCCGGCUGCUGUUACUUGUCAAGCAAGGUACUGACUUGUUUGAAGAGAAUGGGGAGGACCCUUGUUGGGUUGAACCUACAGCACUGCAAUGGCAUCAGCAGCAGGACAGUCGAGGUUUUAGUGGAGAGCUUGUGGAGAUGUGAUAUCCUGUCCUAGUCCGCGGUUAAGUUUCGUCGUAGAUUUCCUAGAGCAGCAGCAGCAGCAGAAUCCAGCAAAGUUUUUGGUCGUGUUUUUGGCCUAAUCUGCUAACCCAGAGCAGAAUAGGCCUUGCUACUAAACCAAACCAAACCAAGAAAAAUCCAACACAGGCUUUUUGGUUGUUUUCCAGGGGAAGCUUUGGCUAAGAUCAUCACUACAUUUUUUCCUCCACACCAUCAUCAGUUUGCCAUCUUUUUUUUUGCAGGCUAUACCAAGUCUGUUUAAGGCAAACCCUACUACUACCACCAUGGAUCAUAGCCAUUGUUUUCCAUUCAGAGUCACCAGAAAGCCACUCAGUUUCCCCUCAUCCAAAAAACCCCCCCCAAAAAAACAAGACAAAGCUCUUAGCUUUUAGACGACCGUUCCUUUGUUAUGGGUUUCUGCUGGACUGCAAAUCUCACUGAUGUUUUUAAGCUUCUGACCCUCAUGGACUCCAGCUUUUCUAAAUUACUCAGCUGGUUUAAAGUUAUGAAGUCUUGUUGAAUUCUUGUGUUUAUGAAUAAAGAUAUGAAUUGGGUCUGCUCCAUUGUAAGAUCAAAUCAUCGUGGUGGGUUGUGUUUUAUGUUUGUUUCUGUUUUUGGGGAUUGCUUUGAACAGUUUCCAUGUUAUGUUCAUCGUUUGUACUGUGUCCUCUCUUCAAUAAAACAUGGUUUGUUUUGUUUUUUCAUUGCUUCAACUUGGUUCAGAAGUGGGUAAUGGAUUUAGGUUCAGUUGCCUUAUUAAAAACGAAGAUGCUGUUGAGGGAAGGAAAUAGAACAGCAGGUUCAUUGUCUUUUUCUAGGACUUGAAUCUUAAUCCAAGGGAGGUGGUAUUAGUGUUAGGUCGAUGACGACAAUGAUUAUGGAAAUGAGAUUCAUUUCUAGCAAAAUUUUAGUUAACAUAUCAGGUCGGUAUGAACGUGAGGGGAUAAUAAUGAAAAUUGCAGGAAGCUUAGCCACUGAAUCUGGGGAAGUACCUUGCCUAACACUAUCAACUCCAUGUCUCCAUCCAUAAGAGUUUCCAAAAUACCCUUAAAAAAAAUCCGUCCAAAUCGGUGAUUAAUAGACUUUAUCGUUGGUAAAAAAUAGUCUCAUGCCGAAUCCGUGAUCUGUAGCUUUCAAAAUUUAAGGAAAAUGGUCUUUCGAAAAAAUUGCCAGAAUUUUAUGAGAAUGUCAUCCGAGAAAAAUCCGCCCAAAUCGGUUAUUAAUAUAUUUCAUCAUCGGUGGAGAAUAGUCUCAGCGCGAAUUCGUGAUCUAUAGCUUUCAAAUCUAAGGAUAAAUGGUCUUUCGAAAAAAUCGUCCAAAAUCUAUAAUGGUACCUUUUGGAAUCUGUCAAAAAUGGACAGGAAAAAAUCUGCUCAUGUAUGUUCUUAAUAGACUUAAUCAUCAGUGAAAAUAACCUCAGGUUGAAUACAUUAUCUAUAACCCUCAAAAUCAAAGGAAACUAAUCUUUUGAAAAAAAGUACCAAAAAAUUACGAGAGUACCCUCCUAAAAAAAUCUAUGAUAGUUGUUUGCCUUUUCUGUGGUGUUGUUGUCACUUUUAUACUCCAGUCACUAUAAUCAACAUUCAACUUAUUUUGUACAUGCUGCGUGCAAGCUAAAAGCUCUAGAACUAUCUUAUCUUAUGUAUUUCAUCGCACAGAAAAGAGGCAAACAACUCGGAUCAGAUCAGGUCUUUAAGGCAUGUUCUUAAAGAAAAUUUUAAACCCCCUCCAACCAAUAGGAGAAGGAGAGAGAAAAUGAUUGGUAAUUAUUGAGUAACUACUUACUUAAUGCGUCCAAGGGUAAGAUUGGAAUAUUAUAACUAUUUAUUAUUAUCUACACAAUAAAUAAAAGCCAAAUGA